GCCAACCCCCCCCCUGUGGUGGUCAACACAGACAGCCUGGACACGCCUCCUUAUGUGAACGGGACGGAGGCUGACUAUGAGUACGAGGAGAUCACGUUGGAGAGGGGGAACUCAGGGCUGGGCUUCAGCAUCGCCGGCGGGACGGACAACCCCCACAUUGGUGAAGACCCCAGCAUCUUCAUCACCAAAGUCAUACCUGGAGGAGCGGCUGCACAGGACGGGCGGCUCAGGGUGAACGAUGUGAUCCUGAGAGUGAACGAGGCCGACGUCCGGGAUGUGACCCACAGCCGAGCCGUGGAGGCUCUGAAGGAGGCGGGCUCUCUGGUCCGGCUCUACGUACGCAGGAGGAAACCGGUCUCGGAGAAAGUGAUGGAGAUCAAACUGGUGAAAGGACCCAAAGGUCUUGGCUUCAGUAUAGCAGGCGGAGUGGGGAACCAGCACAUCCCGGGCGACAACAGCAUCUACGUCACCAAGGUCAUCGAAGGAGGAGCCGCACAUAAAGACGGGAGGCUGCAGAUCGGAGACAAACUGCUGGCUGUGAACAGUGCUUGCCUGGAGGAGGUGAGCCACGAACACGCCGUCACUGCCUUGAAAAACACUCCUGACGUGGUCUACUUGAAAGUGGCUAAACCCAACAGUGUCUUCAUGAACGACAGCUUCGCCCCGCCCGACCUCACCAACUCGUACUCUCAGCACAUGGAGAACCAUAUCAGCCCCCCCAACUUCCUGGGUCAGCCCCUCCCCCCGCCGGCCUCCUCGGGACGCUACUCCCCGACCCCGAAGAGCAUGCUGGGAGAAGAUGAUGUCACACGGGAGCCCAGGAAGGUGGUGCUGCACAGAGGAGCGACGGGUCUGGGCUUCAACAUCGUGGGCGGAGAGGACGGAGAGGGGAUCUUCAUCUCCUUCAUCCUGGCAGGAGGACCAGCUGACCUCUGUGGAGAGCUGAGGAAAGGAGACAGACUGGUGUCUGUGAACGGCGUUGACCUCCGUAACGCCACUCACGAACAGGCUGCAGCCGCCCUGAAGAACGCCGGGCAGACGGUGACCAUCAUCGCCCACUACAGACCAGAGGAGUACAGCAGGUUCGAGGCGAAGAUCCACGACCUGCGGGAGCAGAUGAUGAACAGCAGCAUCAGUUCAGGUUCUGGAUCCUUACGGACGAGUCAGAAGAGGUCGCUUUACGUCAGAGCUCUGUUUGACUACGAUAAGACUCGGGACUCGGGUCUGCCGAGUCAGGGACUCAACUUCAAGUUCGGGGACAUCCUUCACGUGGUGAACGCCUCCGACGACGAGUGGUGGCAGGCCCGACAGCUGACGUCUCAGGGGGAGGUGGAGGAGGUGGGGGUGAUCCCCAGCAAGAGACGGGUGGAGAAGAAGGAGAGAGCGAGAUUAAAGACGGUGAAGUUCAACUCGAAGUCUCGAGACAGAGGGUCUCUCAAUGACAAGCGUAAAAAGAACCUCUUUUCCCGAAAGUUUCCGUUCUACAAGAGCAAAGAGACGAGCGAGCUGGAGACCAGCGAUGUCGACCAACAUGUGACGUCGAACGCCAGCGAUAGUGAAAGUAGUUACCGUGGACAGGAGGAGUACGUCCUGUCGUAUGAGCCCGUCAGUCAGCAGGAAGGUGAGAGCUGCUCAAUUUUCUUCUCUGACUUUAAAGAGAUCUAAAGUUCUGUUUCAUCAAUAUUUGUUCCUCUCUCUCUCUAUGUCUCUCUCUGUCUCUCUCCUC